UUAAUGCAGUUUUAGAAUUAGACAGAAAAAGCAAUAAAUUAUUUUGGGUUAACUACUUCCAAAAUAAAAAGAAAGAUGCAAUUGUUUGGCUGAAAACUCAACUACAGAACGAAAUUAAUAAAGUUCAAGUAUGCAAAUGGAAUUGGAAACUGAGGCUGCAGAAAGAGGCGAGGAGCUGGCAACUACACCACACGAAAGCACAAGUGACUUGGUGGAAGGAACACAAAGCUUUCAGAUGUUACCGGAGAAUGUUUUGCUACAAGACAAUUUAAACUCCAAGAAAAACUGUUUAACAGAACACGAACUAAUGGCGAAGCUUCAACCGUGUGUUAAUUACGAAUUGAAGGCAAAGGAUAUUCUGCAAGUCUUGCAGAAGGAUCUAGAUGUUUUAGAUUUGAAAAUAUCCAUGUAUAUCGCAGCUUGUAAUGCAGGUCAUCUCAAGCCAUUUCCAGAGCAUAUUGUUGAAGCUUCCUUUGAGGGUCUCCAGUGUUUGCUCUUGUUAAACAGCCAGAUUCCUCCUUUGGCACUGCUUCGGAAAAAUUUGGAAGAGGACUCUGAUGAUAUAAAUAAGCACGUUAUAAGUGUAAUCCAUUGGCUUCUCAGAUUACCAGGGCCUAGGUAUGUCGAUGUUAGACCACAAGAAUUUCCAGAAAUCUUGCAGAAAGUCGAGUCAUUUCAACCAUAUGAAAUUUUGCCCAAUUACAUAUUUAGAGCAAUGGUCAAUAAGACGUCCCCAAACCAUUUACAGUGGAUGGCAACAAAGGAAAAAUUGAUGGCUGGCAAAUCGGAACUGGAAACAAAGUUUGCGUUUUAUUGCGGUGAGGUGGAACAACUGCAUUCAUUGACCAGUGUCGGGUUGUACCCUUUUCAAAAAAUCAACGGACCAAAAGGGUUUGGCGUUUAUCUGACAAACAACUUGAAAUCUUGUUUGGAUAAUUCUUCUCCUAAAUGGGUAUGGGGGAAGAGUGUAUUUGGUGUCGAACUACAAACAGCGAUCAUUGUUGAAUUUAUAGUAAAUCAUCCUGAUGUUAUUUGCUACACCGAUGCAGAUACUGGCAAUGAAAGCGCAGAGUCACAAGAAAAUAAAUAUUACUGUGUGACAGACACGCAUCUCAUACAACUCAGGUACCUGCUGAUAUAUGCAAAAACACCGUCGAAACUCAAACCGGAGAAAAUUCUUUCAGCCAAACACUCAUCAAUCGGAAGCAUUUUCACAUUCAAUCGUGCCUUUGUUUUAGCUGGAUACAUUCUUGCCAGUUAUCUGAUAUUGACAUCGUACAAAUUUAACCCAAAGUACAAAGGAUUAACAUCUUUACUUACAAGUAUUAAAUCAAUUAAGCCUUUCAACUGAACCCCUCCCCCAGAAAUAAUUGUUUUUAAAAAAAUCUGUUCUUUGUGAAAUAAAUAUUUUGUUAAGAUCAA